UUUCUCUGUCAUCUCGGCGUCCCCUCUUUCUCCUUUUUUUGUUUCUUUAUAUCUUUUGGUAGCGCUAUACAAUGGCUUCCUCAGUGGACACGCCGAUUCCCCUGUGGCUGGACUGUGAUCCGGGCCACGAUGAUGCUUUCGCCAUCCUUCUUGCUGCACACCAUCCCGCGCUGAAGCUUCUCGGUAUUACCACCAUUCACGGCAAUGCCUCCCUGGAGAACACCACUAUCAAUGCCACUCGGGUCUUGGAGGCCAUCGGCCGGCCAGAGAUCCCCGUGUACCCCGGAAGCAAGAAGCCAUUCUGCAGACCUGCUCUCCAUGCGCCCAAUAUCCACGGUGACUCUGGUCUGGACGGUACCGACCUCCUGCCCAAGGCCUCGACGGCCCCGAUCACAGAUAAGAACCCCAUUCUGGCCAUGCGGGAUGCCCUCAUGGCGCACCCCAAGGGUACACCAUGGGUUGUUGCAACCGGCACCCUGACCAACGUUGCCCUGUUGUUCGCGACUUUCCCCGAGGUUGCGGAGCACAUUGCCGGUCUGACCAUCAUGGGUGGAGGUGUUGGUGAAGGAUUCACCGACGCUCCCAUGAGCAGACUCGAAGGUCAAGAAAACAGAAUUGGCAACGUAACGCCUCUUGCUGAGUUCAACAUCUACUGUGACCCCGAAGCCUCCCAAGCCAUCUUCAGCGACCCAGUCGUUGCAUCCAAGACCACCCUGAUCACUCUCGACCUCACCCACCAAGUCCUUGCCGACCAGAGCGUCCGGAACCUCGUCCGCCACGGCGUGGACGAUGCCUCCGUCGAGCCCACUACCCUGCGUCAGAUGCUAUACGAGCUCCUGAUCUUCUUCGCCAAUACUUACGAAACCGUCUUCGGUCUUUCCACUGGUCCUCCCCUGCACGACCCCCUUGCUGUGGCGGUCAUCCUGUCGACCUUGAACCCUGCCUACGCGAAGAGUCACCCCGACCAGGUCCUGAAAUUCGACGACCGCGGCGGAGAGCGCUUCUCCGUCAAUGUCAUUACGGACGGACUCCAUGGAACUGACAUUGCGCUGGUGGGCUCGCUGGGUCGGUCUGUAGUUGAGGCGAACCCUAACGCGGUUUGCAUUCCCCGUGGUGUGGAUUUGGAUGCGUUCUGGAAUAUGAUCAAUGACUGCAUCAAACGGGCGGAUCAGUGCAAUGCGGCAAGGAAGGCCUAAUGAUGUUUCUGCGACAUGUGCCAUGCAGGAACUUUCUUCCUUUGGAGGCGACCUUUGAUGAUAGACUAUUGAGAAAUGCUCCUCAAUGAAUAGUACAUAGACUUUUUAGACGAACAGAAAUACUGCAUAGCCCGU